GACGAGGAAGACACCCGCUCACUAGCCUCCAGCCGCCUGCGCAGACACAGAUCUGAAGUGAAGAGCAGUCUAAACAUUCAAAAUGCCGAUGUUCGUGGUUAAUACCAACGUUGCUAAAGGCGACGUCCCGACGGAACUGCUGUCCGAGGCAACGGUGGAGCUGGCGAAAUCGAUGGGCAAACCCGCACAAUACAUUGCUGUGCAAUUCAACACUGACCAAAUGCUGAUGUUUGGUGGGAAUGGAGACCCUUGCGCGCUCUGCUCCCUCCACAGCAUUGGCAAGAUCAGCGGUGCUGCCAACAAGCUGUACUCCAAACUGCUGUGUGGACUUCUCAACAAACAUCUGGGCAUCUCUCCUGACCGGAUCUACAUCAAUUUUGUGGACAUGGAACCAGCUAAUGUGGCCUGGAACAACACCACCUUCGGUUAACGUUGAUCUGGCUUUGUGUUAAAUCUAGGGCUGAACGAUAUGGACAAAAUUUCACGCUGUCGCAGCACCUUCACUGUCUUCUCUGGCUUUCAGUAGUUGCCUGAACGUACCCACGUUGUACGUACCCACAUGCGCAGUGGCGGUAACCCCUCAUGAAUCAGUGUUUAAAAACAAAUGCGAUGAUAUGAUGUUAAUACCUUGAAUGUCCUUGACAGUUAGAUCCCAAACUGGCUCUCGAUUCAAUACAACAAUAUAUCGUUCAGCCCUAGUUAAAUCUAAAGUCUAUGACUUGGUGAGAGAUCUGGAUCAAACAAAUUCCAUUCCUCAUAAAGCACUUAAACGUUCCGCUUGUCUCGAUCACUGCAAAAAUUAAAUGACUUUGGCUGA